UACAUAUAAAUGUUGCUUUUCACGGAUUCGUGGUCACUGGGAGCCAAGACAGAGAUCAGAGAGCUGGACGAUUUGUAACACUGCCUGCAGCCUGCAGUGAUAAGUGAGCCGCCCGUCCUCAUCCUGAGCGUCAGUCGGGGAGGCUCUCUCUACACUCUUCCAGCUCUCUGCUCCUUGCCUCUGUCUUUCUGAAGCUUCUCCUACUCCCCGUCUGCCAUGGCUCCCACCCUCACCACGGCCUUCGCCAGGCGCUGGUGGAUGGCGGUGACCGCCAUCAUUGAGAACCUGCUCUUUUCUGCUGUGCUGCUGGGAUGGGGCUCGCUCCUCAUCAUGCUGAAGUCAGAGGGCUUUUACUCCUACCUUUGCAACGAGGAGGGUAACAGCUCCAGCUACAAUCUGUCUCAACCCGUGACGACGCCGGCAUCCGACGAGGACUCCGAAUACUUCGAAGACGAUCUCGGAGACGGGGUGGAGAUGAAGCCCCUGGUACCGGAGGGGCCCCUGAGGAUGAACGGCUGGCUCAUCUGCAAAGAACAGGACGAGAUGCUGAACCUGGCUUUCACAGUCGGCUCCUUCCUGCUCUCAGCCAUCACACUCCCUCUGGGGAUUGUCAUGGAUAAAUACGGGCCUCGGAAACUUCGACUGUUGGGCAGCACUUGCUUUGGCUUUUCCUGUCUACUCAUUGCCUAUGGAUCCUACAAACCAAAUGAUCUCUCUGUUCUUAUCUUCAUCGCACUCACUUUCAACGGCUUCGGAGGCAUGUGCAUGACCUUCACCUCCCUCACGCUGCCUAACAUGUUUGGAAACCUUCGUUCUACCUUCAUUGCCCUCAUGAUUGGUUCUUAUGCUUCUUCUGCGGUCACGUUCCCUGGAGUCAAGGUCAUCUAUGAUUUAGGCAUCCCAUUCAUUACCAUUCUUGUGGUGUGGGCUUCCUGUGCUGGACUGGUCUUCCUGAACUGCUUCUUCAACUGGCCACUGGAACCCUUCCCAGGACCCGAAGAUAUGGACUACACUGUGAAGAUCAAGUUCAGCUGGCUGGGCUUUGACCAUAAGAUCACAGGGAAGCAGUUCUACCGCCAAGUGACCACAGUGGGCCGCCGCCUCAGCGUCAGCAACAACGUCAAACAGAAGGAGGUGGUCGGCAAGGACGGACGCACUCUCUGCCUCUCCACCAUGGACCUGGAAAUGGACUGCAAGCCAGAGGAACAAUCUGAGUCUUUUCUGAAGAGCAUCAUGAGCCCCAUUUUCCUGCUCAGCGCUCUGACCAUGUCCAUCACUCAGCUCCGUCUCCUGUUCUACAUGGGGGCCAUGAACAGCGUCGUGGAGGUGCUCUGCGACGGAGACCUCAACACAGUGGAAAGGAUGGAAGUUGUGAGCCUGUACUCCUCCAUCUUUGGCGUGCUGCAGCUGCUUUGCCUGAUGACCACCCCUGUGAUUGGUCAGAUCAUGGACUGGAAGUUAAAGGACUGCGACGAUGGGGAAGAAGACAAAGAACCCUUAAGCAAAGGUGAGAGUAAGACAAAGCGCAGAGACCGAAAGAUCCAGAAAGUGACCAACGCUCUGCGAGCAUUCGUCCUCACAAACCUGCUUUUGGUGGGAUUUGGUAUUACCUGCCUGGUGCCAAAUCUCCAAUUACAGAUCGUCUCAUUCAUCCUGCACACUGUGGUGAGAGGAUUCAUUCACUCUGCAGUCGGGGGCCUUUAUGCUGCUGUGUAUCCCUCCUCUCAGUUUGGCAGUUUAACAGGGAUGCAGUCUCUGGUCAGCGCCGUGUUUGCUUUGCUGCAACAGCCCCUGUUUUUGGGGAUGAUGGGACCACUUGAAGGAGAUCCUUUCUGGGUCAACAUUGGGCUCCUUGCGCUCAGCAUGCUGGGCUUCCUGCUGCCCUUCUACCUGAUCUGGUACAGGCGGACGCUCCAUCGGGAACUACGGCAGAAAGCCGAGGACGCCAAGAUAUACAUCAAGAUCAACGGCUCAGAGAUCCCAGAGGCCUUCGUUUAAAAGGGACCAAACCGCGUGUAAAGCAGGCAUCUCCUAAACACGGCGAACAUGAAAAUGUGCAACAUCUCCAAACGAAAGAAAACACCACUUUUAUUUCAUUUUUUUUAGUUUUUACAAAGUCCCAAAACGAAAAGCUGCUGGGAUUUGUGCCGCAGAAAUGAAUCCAAGGGACAAUUGAUGAGGAUAAAUGACAGAACACACAGGGGAGAUGGAGAGCAAAUAGGAGGAGAAACUGUGAAAGGAAAGAGGCGCCAUGCCAUCUGUAUUCCCCCAAAUCCUCAAAGCUCUCCUUGCUUCCUUUUCCUCCUGACCUUCAGGGUGUUUUCCUGCAUUUACUUUGCUUUAACUUGCCCCACGUGAGCGGAGAACGGAUACACGUACUCCUGGUGCUCUGACAAGGUCAUUCAGCAUCACCUUCCCGACUAACCUCCUUAAAAUCGGAGGGUGAUCCGAUUGUGAUGGGGUUUACUCCUAUGUGUUAUAUGUUGGCUGCAAAUCAUCCAGAUCCCUAGCGUUGUGCUACUUAUCUGUACAUCUGCUGGAUUCCCCCCCCCCCCCAAGAGAUUGUGUAAAGGAAAUGUGGAGUAAGUAGGAUGACUAAGAGUUCAGACAUGUUGCUGAUGAUUCUCUGGCGAGCAGAAGAGACAGUCAUUAAUGUUUUGUAACACUAACAUCUGAUGAUACUAUUCCUGUAGCUUGAAGGUUAUCGCAGUGCUGUGUGUUUCUUUUUCAUAGUGAAAUCAGAUAGAUUUUUUUUUUUAUCUUUUUCAAUAAAUUGUCCAUGUAUGUUUAGAGUAUUUAUUUUAUCUUGUGUGUUAGUUUUAGUUUAGUUUUUUUCUUUCAUUUUACACAAAUGUCUUUGAAAUUAACUUUUUAAUUAAAAAGGGAAAAUCGACUGAAUUUUCACACAUAUCUUUA